AGCCCAGGUGAGACUCAAGGUGCGCGAGAGUGGCAGUCACAGUUUCAGCCAAACCGUCCAGCCAGUCGGACCCUCCUGGCCACAGUGCAAUCAUCGCGAAAGUUCAGUGGAUUGAUCAGUUUGGUGGUGAUCCCCAGAAGCGAAGGUCUGUCAGGAAGUCAUCGACAGUUCAUGGCCUUAUCUGGCUGCGACCAGUGAUUCCAGACACUCUUGAGAUUAAAGUCACGUGCGUGGCAGUGAAUCAAUGACUGGAAUUAAACAGCAAAGCAAGCAUAUUAAUUAAGUGGUGGAUCUUAUCGCGAACUUCCCUGUCUCGGUGGCGCGAGAUCGUGUGAACAGUUGACGGGAAUGUGCGUCCAGUGUGUCAAGGAGAGCUCCAGCUAAUUACCUUCUCCAUUCGGACUAUUCUGACAAUUAAGACAGCGGCGAGAUGAGCAAGAGCGAGGGAGGAGGUGCAAUUGGAGGCCUAAAUACUGAAAAUAUUCCGUGGGCAGAUGACGAUGCACAGGCUGCUGGCGGUAGUUCAGCCACAGCGAUGGGGAGCAGUGCUGACACAGUGUCCAGUGAGGAGUCACAUCGUCGGAGAACACUCAUGGGCCGCAGAAGCCAUGCAAAUCAUUUGUACAUAAAGAUACCCCAAGACGAACAGGGAGCUGCCAAGUCAUCGGACAAAUCAGGCAACGUCACCAGUGAUGAUGAUGAGAAUCCUGGCCCGCUGAAGGAAAUGGAAUCUGGAGAGAAACGCGGUCUGAGGAGGAACUCCAUCUCUCUGCCCACCCUGAAUGCAGCAGAUCUCGAAGCUCUCGUAGCCGUUCACGAUGCUGCCCAGGAAGUGCGAGAGAAGCAAAGCAGAAAGGCUGGCGACGACGGCGAGUCGAUGGUGUGCAGCAUUGAGCCAGACACAGAGCAGUCUUCCGAAGAUGAGGAGAAGAAGCCUUCGAAGAAGUACAUCUUCCGCACAAAGAGGCGCUCCUCCAUCGCCCCAUUGCCCGCCCUGAGACUCAACGACAAGGAGAUGAUCGCCAACGAGUUCGACAGUCAGAGUGUCACCACUCAGAACUCCAUCACCAGCGCCAGUUCCCUGGCAUCGCUGCUCAAGGAGAAGAUUCAGAUGUUCCCGUCGAUGUUGAGGAAGAAGAAGAAAUCGAAAGACUUCAAGAUCAAGGCCUUCGUUGCAUGUCUCUUCCUGAUCAUCGUCUUCCUCAUAGGCUAUGCCUAUAUUAUGUACAACCAGCAAAUCCUGGCGCGCUCCUAUUUUGAUCGAGUGAAGUUUAACAAGGGUCAGCGAGUUAUUGGGAUCUACAACGAUAAGGGAACACUGAUGGUGACCGGACGCCUGGGAACCACCAUACACGCGGACAAAGCGUACCACUGUCUGACCAACAACACCCUUGACGAUGGGAGUGUCUGUCUGGAGUGGGACGGAAAAGCGAGGAUGUAUCUCAAUUUCCGGGAGCUCAGUCCAACAGUCCCCUGCUACACCAUCCGCUGGCAAUCGCUCUCGCCGGAUGUCCUGCCCACGGAUUGCUAUGAGUCAUUUAUGGGACAGGGACACUGGUACGGAGGAGGAUUGACCAGGGGCGGGAAUUGGCCACUGGAGACAGAGUCUUUCUCAUUCGCCCCAUUCAUCACAGGGGACGCAAAUAGGCAACAGUGGGGCAACGCCUUGAAGCGCUACUUCAUCAGUUCUAGAGGAGUGGCGAUUCAAGUGGAUGAAAAGACGCCUCUUUAUGUGAGCAUGAACGAUAACAAGUCAGGAGAAAUGUGCUUCCGCGCUAAACACGAUCACUUCGCCUUCGUGAAUCGUCUCACGGCAUUGCCAGAGCUGAGCUACAGGAUCUGCACCAGUGACAACAUGCGACAGCUGCAUCAGCAGAUGACUCAGCAGAGUCUCUGGGAUGGGCUGAAGGAGCACGAUAUCAAUGUGGUGCAUUCAAUGCUGGAGGAGCCCGUCUGGCAAAUCCCAUCUUCAGGCGGAAAGAGCCUCACUGCUGACGGAAUCCACAACUACACUGAGCGAGUGAUUGCCCUGGGAUUUCUCCGACUUGGCCAUGUUCUCGUCAAUGAGUUCUGGCAGAAGCAUAUCGGAGAUUUCACGCUGGAAACUGAAAGAUUCCCCAAUCUAGAGGAGACUGUGACGAUUCUCCAUCGUCGUGGCUUUCGAAUUGCCUUCUCGGUGCAGCCCUUCAUCAGCACAGACAGUGCCAACUUUGCACAAUCCGUGGCGAAGAAGUUGCUUAUCUACGAACGCCAGUCGGAAAGAAGCAUUCCUGCCCUCACAAGAUACAAAAGCGUGGCAAGUGCAGGUGUGCUGGACAUCACUAAUAACGCAUCUAUUCCCUGGCUUAUUGAGAAACUAGAAAAAAUACAGAAGGAUUACAAAAUUGACGGAUUCUAUCUGGACUUUGGAACAUCUCAGAACAUGCCGCACUACUAUCAGUGCAAUAAGACGCUGUACAAUCCCGACCAAUAUAAAACCAUCUUCACGACUGCCCUCGAAGGAGUCAUCAGUUUGAUUGGAGUGUCCAGUGCCGUUACCGUUCCCAGACCACCAGCCUUCGUCAGUCUGCCACCAGUGAAUUCUUCCUGGGACGGGCUUAAAACUGUGGUGACAAGUGCCUUGACUUACGGCAUCAUUGGCUACCCAUUCAUAAUGCCAGGUCCAAUCGGGGGUGACUACCUCCUCCCGCCAUCGGCUACCAACGAGACUGUGUCCUUUUAUUCCAUGAACGAACCUCCACUGCCGGAUCAGGAACUCUACUUGCGCUGGAUGCAACUCGCUACUUUCCUGCCCGUGAUCCGCUUCACUCACUUGCCGUCUGAGUACAAGAGUGAUCUCGUGAUGGAAGUGGUUAAGGAGCUGACUCUCAUUCGGCAGAAAGCUGUGAUUCCGCUUCUCAAGAAAUACCUCAGCGAUGCCAUGAAUGAGGGUUUGCCCCUCAUCAGGCCGCUCUGGAUGUUGGAUGCUCAAGACACAGCUUGUCUCUACGUCAACGAUGAAUUCUCUAUAGGUGAAAACCUCAUAGUGGCCCCGAUCCUCGAGAAGGGACAAGUUCAGAGAGAAGUCUACCUGCCCCAGGGCGUCUGGAAGGAUGGCAUUGAUGGAUCCCUGAGGAAAGGAAGUCGCUGGAUUCAUAACUAUCGAGUUCCUGAGGAUAAAGUAGCGUAUUUUAUGAAAAUGCCCGACAAUACGAGAUUCUAGUGAUAUUCAUGUGUAGAUAUUCACUUUUUACUCCCACUUUUAUUGUGUAUUAGCUCUAAUGACGAACUAUUGUACUGUUGAUUCUAGUGAUAUUGUUCAAAACAUCCUUUAAGAAAUAAAAACAUCUGAAAAGCAGCUUAAA